CACGCAUCACCAAGGUCAUUCCACUGGAGAAAACACGUUUAUUAUUAUUAUUAUUAUUAUUAUUAUUAUUAUUAUAUUAAAAGCCUGAAAACAAAUUAUUUCUAAAACGGGUCGUUUAUGAAUCAGUUUUUUUGUUGUUGUUGUGGGUUUUUAUUUUUGUUUGUUUUGUUUUUGUUUGGGUUUUUUUUUGUUGUUGUUGUUGGUUUUGGUUUGGGUUUUUUUUUUUUGUUUGUUUGUUUCGCAUUAGCGUCGAUUUGAAGGUUUUGUUGUUGUUUUUUGUUUUUGUUUAGUUUUGUUUGUUUUUUCCCUCCGCAGUUCUGUGGGAACGCCCUGCCCACACUCAAAAUGGCGGCGGCGCUGAGGCCGCGGCUGCCAUGGCGCCUUCGGGCGGGAACCGGCGGCCUGGUAAGGGCCGGGAUGGAGCCCGGGAGAGCCGGGAAUCACUCCCGGGAAGAGCCGGGAAUCACCCCCGGCAGCGGCCGGAGCGAUCUCGGCCGCUCCCGCCCGGCGGGAGGCGAUUCCCGGGUCCCGCAGGUGAUCCCCCUCAUGUCCUCCCUCUAUCUCUGCUUUCCUCGCAGCGCUUCCCAGAUAUCUGAGCAAGGAUCCCAAUCUCGUGGCCGCGCUCAAAAUGCUGAAGGUGAUGCCUUGAUGGCUCAAGGAGCAGCACGGCGCGCCGACAUUCCCAAAUUCUCAUGCCGAGGAUGGAUGGAGAAGAAGAAAAUCCUGAUGAAGUCCAAGGUUGCUGCUCCCAACCUCCUGAGUGCUCUGCAUUCCCUGUACCAGCUCGGGCACCUCUGUGAUGUGACGGUCCUCACCCAACACCUGGGAAUCCAGGAGGAAUUCCUGGCUCACAAAGCUGUCCUGGCAGCUUCCAGCAACUACUUCAAGGGGCUUUUCCUGCACCAGGAGAUGCUGGAUGCCCAGAAGUGCACUGUGACCCUGCAGGACAUCUACACUGAGGAGUUCACUUCCUUCCUGGAGUUCGUGUACACGGCAGAGGUGGAGAUCGAGGCAGGAAAGCUCCAGCGGAUGAAGGAAAUCGCGGAAAGGCUGGAAUGCAAGGAUUUGCUGGACAUCUGUGAAGAAGUGAAGGCAGAGGACAGGAAGGGCUUGGAUUUGAGCCUCAACCUGAAAGGGCAGAGGAGUGAAAAUGGGGGACCACAGUGGCCUCGUAUCCAGCAAGAGGAGAACCCCAGGAACUCUUCCCAGAUCGUGGCAAUUCCCAUGCAGAGGAAACUUUGGGAUAGGCAGAAACAUAAAGAGCUGCUGCCAGGCUAUGAGCUCACUGGAGGCCAAACAGGAGGCCUGGAGCAGGAGGCCACAGCUUUUCCAGCCCCAAAAUCCAGGCUGGCAAAGCUGCCCAAGUGCAACAAGAUGCAUUCCCCAAGCAGACCAGGUGCAGAUAUCGCCAGCCCGGAAAACAAGGAUGGCCAUUCCCUCUGUGGGGGGCAGGAGCAGAAGCAGGAAUCCCAGGCAUGUCCCUACUGUGACAAGGCCAUCAGCUCCAAGUGUGGCCUGGCCCUGCACGUCCGGACACACACCGGGGACAGGCCCUACCACUGCCAGCGCUGCCCCGCCAGCUUCGCCCACAAGGCUGCCUACACCUCCCACCUCAGAAAAAUCCAUGAGUCUGGGCAGGAGAGGAAACUCCUGCCUGUCUAUUGGAUGAUGGUUCCACCCACAAAUGGCUCAAAUCCCACAAACCAUGACAAAGAUCCCAACGGAGGGACGUGGGAUGGGACACCAGAAACCUCGGGGUGUGAGCGAGAUGCUGGGAAUUCAUACAUUGCUGAAACAGAGAGGAGCAAGGAGCAAGAGGAAUUCCAGAGGGCUGAAGGAAGGAACAAAGAUGGAGGUGGAAUGAGUGUGAAGGGUGAGGAGCCGGGAGACUAUGACACCGGAUACUUGGAAGUGGAAGGAAGCAGGGACAAUGAGGAAUGUUCUGAGGAGGAGGAGGAGGAGGAGGAGGAGGAGGAGGAGGAGGAGGAGGAGGAUGAAGCCUCAACAGAGAAAGACAGCAAAGAAGCUGAAGCAGGGUUCCAACUAAAGAAAGCCAGUAAAAGUACAGCCAGCAAGAAAUCCAUCUACGUGAUCCACUGUGACAAGUGCCAGGAGCAGUUUGUUUCCCGGAAAAAAUACGUGGAUCACUGCCGGGAUACGCACCAGAGCCUGCCCGGCAAGGCAUACCGGUGCGAGGUGUGCAGCAAGGCCUUCGCCAGCUACACCAGCUGCAAGGAGCACCGUGCCUGCGUGCACAGCGAGGAGAGGAGAUUCUCCUGCAGCCUCUGCCAGGCCACCUUCAAGAGGAAGCGGGACGUGAGGACUCACUCCGUGCGGAAGCACGAGGGCAGGGCCAAGCGGCCGCUGUGCUCCGUGUGCGGCAAGAUGCUGAGCUCCUGCACGGCGCUGGUGUUCCACAUGCGCACGCACACCGGCGAGAAGCCCUAUGAGUGCGGCGUGUGCCGCUCCAGGUUUGCUCAGCCUUCCCAGCUCAAGAUCCAUACCAGAUCCCACACUGGGGAGAAGCCCUACAUUUGUGAGGACUGCGGGGCUUCCUUCGCCGACAAAGGAAAGCUCACUGGCCACAAAAGGACACACACAGGAGAGCGGCUCUUCAGGUGCGAUGUGUGUGGGAAGCACUUUGCCACCAACGAGUACCUCAAGUGCCACAAGCGCUGUCACCUGGGAGCCAAACCCUACAGUUGUGAGGUUUGUGGGAAAACCUUCGGACUCAGAGCCUCUCUGGCCCAGCAUAGCCACGUCCAUGCAGAGACCCGUCCCUAUUUCUGCGAGCAGUGUGGGAAGGCCUUCACGCAGCAGGGAGCUCUGCGGCGGCACCAGCGCAUCCACACCGGCGAGAAGCCCUACAAGUGCCGCGCCUGCGAGAGGACCUUCACCGACAUGUCCACCCUGCGCCGACACGUGGCGAUCCAUGACCGGAACGCUCACUGGAGAAGCUUCUUGAUCGACCUCACACAAAAAAAAGACCACAAUUGGUCCAAAAUCGAGACUGUAGCAGAAGCACAUCCGGGAGGAGAUCCCAUGCUGGAAAUUUGGUCCAUUGGCCACGGGAAACUUUAUAAACCAGAAAGUGCUAAAGCAGCAGCAGCAGCACACGUGACACCUGGCCUUGGGGACACCGGGGACACUGACCCCUCCCUUUUGUACUUGUAAAGUCCAUUUGAGCCCCAAAACGGGGCGCUUUGAGACCCAGUGAUGGGAAUUACCCUUUGGAACGCAGGGAAUCGUCCCGAGCGGUCUCUGCAGCUGCCUCGGGAACUGGACUGCAGGUGGUAAAGGGGUAAUUCCUCACGAAGGUAUUUAUUCCGCUGAAAUAUUUGCAUCUGUCCAGGGGUUUAUUUCUCCCAAAGCUGUGGAAGCGUCCCAUUGGGAAUAGGCAGGGCGGGGCGCGUGUUUAUAUAAACACAGCGCGCUGGAAAUCCCCAAGGCCUCCUUUAAUAAAACUGUCAGUGCCGCGCA